AUGGUACCGUUCUGUGGAGACUUGGGGGUUUAUAAAUCCGACUUCACGUUCGAGCCCGGUUUGAACUUUAGCUCUCAGCACCAUGUGCGACUGAGAGAGGAGCAUGAUCAAAACAUGUUGAUCUCGCUAUUUAAUAACGCAUUUGAUGAAUGGCACCAGACUGCUUUAUCUUCAUCUGGCCUCACGCUGUAUUUGGACCUUGAGGCAAUGCACGCUUCUCUAAUCCAGCGUUAUGAGACGCCUCGGAGAAUACUUACCACAAGAGAAGGAAGUGUCCAGUUUUUGGAGAACGGUAACGUCUUCAUCUACUGGGGUGGCACACCAUUCAUUAGCGAGCACAAGCACACCCCAGAUGGCCCGCGGACCGUGUUCGAAGCACGGCUGGCAGACCCAACGGGGUAUUGGUAUCGUGCUUGGAAAGCGAAUGUUACCACAGCGCCAACAACUAGCCCAGAUGUAUAUGCCAUGGCGGCUUACAGCUCUGGACCAACGAUUUGGUUCAUUUCCUGGAAUGGAGCCACCGAGGUUCAAGGUUGGAGAGUGUAUGCUUCUCAGCAGCAAUGGGGCGGGUAUGAGUUGAUAGGGUACUUUGAGAAACGUGGAUUUGAAACGAGGAUCGAGCAGGACGAUUUCUUUGCGUGGACAGUCAUUGAAGCUGUGGAUAUCAAUGGACUGAAAAUUUCUGGGUUGUCUGUUCCAUACGGUACAUUUGUCGAAGGUUCGCAUCAAGUCACCGGUGGACAGAGUGUUCUGGGCGUGUAG